GGAGCCGGAAGUACCCGCGGGAAGAGGGCGGGCCGGGGCCGGGGUUGCAGUGGCGGUCGGAGUCAGGGGCUGGUUCUGCGCCGGGGUCGGGCAGCAGCUCCUGGUGGCCGCCAUGAAGCGGGAUGUGCGUAUCCUGCUGUUGGGCGAGGCCCAGGUGGGGAAGACGUCGCUGAUCCUGUCGCUGGUGGGCGAGGAGUUCCCCGAGGAGGUCCCGCCCCGGGCAGAAGAGAUCACCAUUCCCGCAGACGUCACCCCAGAGAAGGUGCCCACGCACAUCGUGGAUUAUUCAGAAGUUGAACAGACAGCCGAGGAGCUCGAGGAGGAGAUUCACAAGGCGAACGUGGUGUGUGUGGUGUAUGACGUGUCUGAGGAGGCCACCAUUGAGAAGAUUCGAACGAAAUGGAUCCCACUGGUGAAUGGGGGCAAGAGGGAGCCCAGGGUCCCCAUCAUCCUGGUGGGCAACAAGUCAGACCUGCAGCCGGGGGGCUCCAUGGAGGCCGUGCUGCCUAUCAUGAGCCAGUUCCCUGAGAUAGAGACCUGUGUGGAGUGCUCAGCCAAGAACCUGAAGAACAUCUCAGAGCUGUUCUACUACGCACAGAAGGCCGUGCUGCACCCCACAGCCCCCCUCUAUGACCCUGAGGCCAAGCAGCUGAGGCCCGCGUGUGCCCAGGCCCUCACGCGCAUCUUCAGGCUCUCAGACCAGGACAUGGACCAGGCGCUCAAUGACCAGGAGCUCAACGCUUUCCAGAAAUCCUGUUUCGGGCACCCCCUGGCCCCACAGGCCCUGGAGGAUGUGAAGAUGGUGGUGAGCAGGAACGUGGCGGGAGGCGUGCGGGACGACCGGCUCACCCUGGAUGGAUUCCUGUUCUUGAACAUGCUGUUCAUCCAGCGAGGCCGUCAUGAGACCACGUGGACCAUCCUGAGGCGCUUUGGGUACGGUGACUCGCUUGAGCUGACGGCCGACUACCUCUUCCCACCGUGGGGAGCAGCAGCCAGCAGGGCGGAAAGUCCACAAGUGGGAGGCUUGCCAAGCUCAGCUUCCCUGGCACCCUGCAGGCUCCGCGUGCCCCCUGGCUGCAGCGCUGAGCUCAACCACCGUGGCUACCAGUUUGUGCAGAGGGUGUUUGAGAAGCAUGACCAGGACCGGGAUGGCGCCCUCUCACCAGCGGAGCUACAGAGCCUCUUCAGCGUGUUUCCAGCUGCUCCCUGGGGCCCCCAGCUCUCCCGCACAGUCCGCACCGAGGCUGGUCGGCUGCCCUUGCACGGGUAUCUCUGCCAGUGGACCCUGGUGACCUACCUAGAUGUCCAGUGCUGUCUCGAGCACCUUGGCUACCUGGGCUACCCCACUCUCUAUGAGCAGGACUCUCAGGCUCAUGCCAUUACAGUCACCCGGGAAAAGAGGCUGGACCAGGAGAAGGGGCAGACACAGAGGAGUGUGCUCCUGUGCAAGGUGGUGGGGGCCCAUGGAGUGGGCAAGUCCUCCUUCCUGCAGGCCUUCCUUGGCCGUGGCCUGGGGCACCAGGGUGCCCAGGAUCCCGCUGAGGAGUCCUCCACUUAUGCCAUUGACACAGUUCAGGUCAACGGGCAGGAAAAGUACCUGAUACUAUGCGAGGUGGGUGCAGACAGCCUGCUGACCAUCGCAGCUGAUGCUACGUGUGAUGUUGCCUGCUUGAUGUUUGAUGGCAGUGACCCUGCGUCCUUCACACUGUGUGCCAGUGUCUACAAGCGCCACUACAUGGAUGGACAGACCCCUUGCCUCUUCGUCUCUUCCAAGGCUGACCUGCCCGGAGGCAUCUCGUCACCUGGCCUGUCCCCAACCGAGUUUUGCCGCAGGCAUCGGCUACCUGCCCCGACCCCGUUCUCCUGUGCUGGCCCAGCCAUGCCAGACACCACCAUCUUUACCCGGCUCGCCACCAUGGCCACCUUCCCACACCUUGUUCAUGGGGAGCGACAUACUACCUCCUUCUGGCUCCGGGUGGCCCUGGGGGCCGCUGGGGCCGCCGUCGCUGCAGUCCUCAGCUUCUCACUCUACAGGGUCCUGGUGAAGAGCCGUUGAGUCCCCAGGACCCCUUGGUCUGAUAUCAGGGCCCACAGGGUGCUGGUAUGGGGCCACCUGCUUGGGGUGGGGAGUGGGGGGCUUCUUUCUGUCUCAGCUUUCCUUCUGAGGACAGUCUUCUCCCUGCCAUGCCUCUGCCGGAGCAGCAAGAGUGGGUCCUCAGGACCCAGAACCCUGUGUCCUGUCCCAUUGCAGAUGCUGGGCAUUGCCCUCCUUUGUGGGCUUCUUGUAUUAGAGGGACUGUGGGGCAUGGGUGAAGAAGCCAGUGACCCCAGAGCUGAAUUCUCAGGGCUCUACUCCUCCUUCCUGGUCCCAGGUGGCCAGUAUAUGUGAAGGGGGUAAGAAGGCAGAGCUUUGGGCCAAAGGCAGGGGGUGGGGACAAGAAGUGGCUGGACCAUUGUGCCCUUCCCCUUCCCCCCAUCUGAAGACAGGUCCAGGGCUGUGCCCCUUACAGAAGACAAAAGAGAUUGGGUUUCCUGAUUAAACUUCACUUGUGUCUUUUC